CGAGGUACUGGAAUGCAAAUAAGAAUUCAUCAAAUAGGACCUGGAAUGGUUCAGCAAAUUCAGUCUGUGUGCAUGGAGUGCCAGGGCCAUGGGGAACGGAUCAGUCCUAAAGAUAGAUGUAAAAGCUGCAAUGGAAGGAAGAUAGUUCGAGAGAAGAAGAUUCUAGAAGUUCAUAUUGACAAAGGCAUGAAAGAUGGCCAGAAGAUAACAUUCCAUGGUGAAGGAGACCAAGAACCAGGACUGGAACCAGGAGAUAUUAUCAUUGUUUUAGAUCAGAAGGAUCAUGCUGUGUUUACUCGGCGAGGAGAAGACCUUUUCAUGUGUAUGGACAUACAGCUGGUUGAAGCACUGUGCGGUUUCCAAAAGCCAAUAUCUACUCUGGACAACCGAACCAUUGUCAUCACCUCUCAUCCAGGUCAAAUUGUCAAGCAUGGAGAUAUCAAGUGUGUGCUAAAUGAAGGCAUGCCAAUUUAUCGUAGGCCAUAUGAGAAGGGUCGCCUCAUCAUCGAAUUUAAGGUAAACUUUCCUGAGAAUGGCUUUCUGUCUCCUGAUAAACUCUCUUUGCUGGAAAAACUCCUACCUGAGAGGAAGGAAGUAGAAGAGACUGAUGAAAUGGACCAGGUAGAACUGGUGGACUUUGAUCCAAAUCAGGAAAGACGGCGCCAUUACAAUGGGGAAGCAUAUGAGGAUGAUGAACAUCAUCCCAGGGGUGGUGUUCAGUGUCAGACCUCUUAAUGGGGCCAGUGAAUAACACUGCUGGCAUUUUAUGUGCAGUAGUGAAUGAGUGAAGGAC